AAAAAACAAAUGCUAAACAACAGGCCAAACAAUUAGAAAAUACCAAUAAAACAAUACAAUUAUACACAAAUAAAAUAUGAAUUAAACUACAAGAGAAAAUUGCCAGGAGAAGCAAGUCCAAUUUGCAGUGAAACCUAAAAUCCCACAAUGAAAUUAAUUUAAGCUGGAAUAUACGUCACAGUCAGCAUGUCCUGCCUCGCAGAGGGAUGCAUUUGGCUGCAGAUCUAUUUCGACCUCACUCAGACCGUCACCACGGUCUUACCUUGAAUGACGCCAUUCCUCCGCCUAUCCUCGAGACCAAAUAUCAACAAUGUCAGGUGACUGACCUUAGGGGUUGGCUAUAUAACAUCCAGGUGCUUCAAGUCCCUGAGGAUUGCAGUGGUUUUUCUCCUCAUUUAAAUAUUUCGACGUGUCGUCGGAACGCAUGUCGGUGAGUAUUUCUUUAUUUUUCUCUGUUUGUUUUCAGGCAUUUAUUGAUGGUUCUCAGGUCAGCUGUUCGCAGCAGACGAGAGUUUUCUUUUCCAUUUACUGCGUGUGCGCACGUAGAAUGAUGGAUAUAUAAUUUUCUAAGGAGUUCUGUUCGCAGACGUAUUCUGAAUGAUGAGUAUGAAGAGUGAUUCGUCACAAUCUUUAUACUAAAUUGUACCUGGUUAAUUGUGUUUAACUAAUACCAGACAUAUAUUUUUUGUGGAUUAAGGAAGUGUUCAAUUUGAUUAUGAUCUAGUGAUUCGUCACAGUCUAUUUGUUAAUGGCAUUUUUGCUUGUUUUUUUCAAUUAAAUGCUGAGUUAUUUUGGAGUCUCGCAGUUCAGCUUCCAGAAUUAGUUAAAUACUGUGAUUCAUUACAGUUUAUUUCCCUUUUCAUGCACUAUCAUUAUAUGAGUGACCUGACCUCGGACUUGUUGUCAUGAGUCACUCAAGGUGUCGUUUUUGCCAAACUAGCAUACACCCAAGAGAUGGGCAUCGCGAAUGUCCCUCCUGUUUGGGUAUGCAACAUGUACUAGAUGAUAUUGAGGAUCCCUGUGCAGCUGCGUUGGAGCUAUCUUUGCGGGAAAGAGUGCAAAGAGCUAAACUGUUAACUGGUGGUAAUAAAGAAAUUAUUCCCAGUAGUUCCUCUCAUAAACGUAAGAGGCCAGAUGCAGGUCCUGACAUGCCUCCAGAUAAAAUAAAGAAAGCCACAGUAGUCCGAGAUCCCAAGGAUGACACUCAGUUGCAAAUCUUAGCAGCAUUGCGUGACUUAGCUGGUAAGCUUGAAACACGUAAUUCUUCAGUAAACACACAGCCAUCUGCACUCCGGGCUGGGGAUGAGUUGACAUCACGUCAGAAAGAGAGGGAUGAUUAUACGGAUGCCGUCUCACUGCAUGCAAAUAACUCCCUUUAUGGUAGUGAGGAGAAUGCAGAUGAAAACGAGGGAGAGGAAUCCAGGUCUGAGGUUUCAGAAGGAAGCCUGCAUUCUGAUGUUCUUUCGCGCAUUUUAAGUGCAGCAAGGAUCCUGGGCCUUAAUGCACAGGAAGAAGCUACAGCUCCAGCCCCCACACAAGGUGUAUGGGCGAGUAUUUCCCCUGCACAGCCUACUGUGUCAAUCCCUGUAGCUGAGGAUUAUUCCCAGAUGUUGAGGAAAGCCUGGAAUAAUCCAAAAGCGGCACCCCAGUUAAAUGCAGGAUGUAGACGGUUUGUUAAAUUGGAUUAUCCCGCUGAGAGUGGUAUGGGGAACAUGCCAUCAGUGGAGCGAGAGAUCGCAGCCUUAACCGCUUUGGGACCUGAUAAGGUUACUGACAAUCCUCGUUGUCCCGGUAAGGAGUGCCAAAAGACAGACCGGUUAAUGAGCCAGGCAUAUAAUGCAGCUACUCGGGCAGCCCGUUCAGGAAAUGCUCUAGCAAUAGUUUUGGCUGCGUUAAGAAAGGUUGUUAAUAAGGAAGAGCGUGAUGUGAUGAGCUUGAUUGACACAGCACUCAUCACACACUCACAGCUUACCAGGGACAUAGGGGCAUCUAUGUCGUCUGCAAUUUUAGCCAGAAGACAAAUCUGGUUGGCUCAAACAUCUUUACCUGACGCAAUCAGGAAGGAUUUGACUAAUAUGCCAGUGGUUCCAGGACGGAUAUUUCACACUGAUGCACAGGCUUUACUGGAUAAUGCUGAUCAGGCAAGACGCAGAAGGGAGUCAGUUCAGCAAACAUUUGCUGGCCCUACCAAAUGUGGCCAUAGGGCUGCUCAUUCUUUUCAGCCCCCACACUUUCCUCGUUCAGAAACUUGGGGGUAUGACAGAAGACGAUCUAGGGGUUACCAGUCCCAUGAUCGAGGAACCAGACCUUUUUAUCAGGCUCCCCAGACCGACCAGGCCCAUAAUCCAGUCAGGGGAGGACCACUUAAGAGGCGUCCUUCCAGGGGUUUCAAACCCCGGGGAGGCCAGGCAUAGCGGUCUCUGUGUCGUCGGAGAAUGCUCCCAACUGUGCCUGGACAGUUGGGAGAAGGUAACAUCAGAUCCCUGGGUCCUAGAUACCAUCAAGACAGGAUACAGGAUACAGUUCCGACGGCGCCCUCCUACUUUUUCAGGCAGUCCAGGCACAAAUUUUUGGCCAAAGAGAUCACAGUUUUACUUCAGAAAAAGGCGAUUGUACAGAUAGACACCAGCAAACAGCUCACUGGGUUCUAUUCAAAGUAUUUCCUGGUGCCAAAGAGAGACGGGGGACUUCGACCCAUUCUAGACUUACGAAAGUUGAACGAAUUCAUAAAGGUAUUGCCCUUCAAAAUGCUGACUACAGCACAAAUUCUGGAAUCCAUAGAACUGGGAGAAUGGUUCACUUCCAUAGACUUGAAGGGUGCCUAUUUCCACAUACCCAUCUGUCAGGAUCACUGCCCGUUUCUUCGCUUUGCCUUUCAAGAUCGGGUUUAUCAGUUCAGGGUCCUUCCAUUUGGCCUGUCUCUGUCUCCAAGGGUCUUCACCAGGGUGGUGUCAGCAGCCCUUCGUCCCCUUCAGUGUGCAGGUUUGAAGAUUCUGUCAUACCUGGACGACUGGCUAAUUUGUGCUC